AUGGCAGCUGCUACACUUUCCGAGCUCCCGGAUGAGCUUGUAUUAGAUAUCAUUUCCCGAUGCUCCCACGCCAACCUCCUCUGUUUGGCUCGGGUAAACAAGCGCAUGUACGAAAUUGCCAGCAGUAUAUUGUACGCCCAUGUUCACUUCAGAUGGAACUUUAAGAAAUCAGAAUCGCCGCGCAACGCUCACUUUGAAAGAGACUAUAAGAAAUUGGAAAGUACGGGCCCUCCGCAUGCUAUUUCCCUACUCGGUGCCUUUUUGCGCAAGCCACACCUGGGUCUUCAUGUCCAGCGCCUCGAGCUUUUGGGCGGCGGAUUCGAUUACCGGUACCCGUACUCUUUUAUCCUCAAUCAUGAUAAAGAAAAACUCAAGUCGCUGUCUUAUGAAGAGCUCAGGCCACCGCCGCUCUGGUGGGACGGCGCCGAAGAGACGCUGCGGUCGGCCAUCAGCUUGGUAGCCGAAUUUGACCUGCCGUACUCGGAGCUAUGGGUGGAGAAGCUGCGCGAAGGUACUAUGGACGCCAUUGUAGCCCUCAUGCUUGUUCGGCUUCCGAACUUGCGCUCUCUUAUUGUUCAGAGGGACUUUACCAAAGAGCAGACAUGCGUGAUGGCCGUGCUUCGAACGGUGGCUUUGGAGAAGUUGGACUGGCUGCCGCGUUUUAUCCACCUACGCGAAAUCUCUAUGAGAUUUGAUAUGGACGAUUGGAUCUGUCGGAACGCCAACAGCCAGCUUUUGCUGCCUCUCUUUUACCUGCCUGCAAUCGAGGCCCUGGACCUCGACCUCGACGAUCCCAUGCAAUGGUCGUGGCCAACACCCGCGCCGCCGGACGCCGCCAGUAUCAAAUCGCUGACACUGCGCAAUGUACGUGAGCAUGGGCUCAAGUUCAUACUUGCAACAACCAAAAACCUGGAGAAGCUGGAAUGGAUGGCUUCACAUUCGCAGGUAUCGAUAAUUAACCAAGCCUCCGACGCCACGACCAGUAAAAUGAUGGACCUCGAUGUCGUCACAGGCGCCCUUCUGCCCCUUCGCAAUACGCUGGUUGACCUUUCGCUGGGGUUAAAUACUGUUCACCCGUUUGGCGAAGACUUUUUUUAUCUCGACUUCCACGGCAGCCUUACGGGCAUUGCACAACUCGAAAAAGUCGAGCGCUUCCAGGUGGAGUUGGUCUACCUCGCAAGCAACGCUUUGUUUGACAACCGGUUCCCCAUUUGGGAACGUGUACCGCGGAACCUGCGCAUCCUGGUCUUUUGGCCACCUCCGCUAAUCUUUCCCGUCGCGGACGACCAGGAGGAAGAGUUGGGUACCAGUAUUCUUUUCCGCAACAUGCGGGAGUGGAUGCAUAAAUGGCGGGGCGAAACGCCGCGACUGGAGCGGAUCGAAGUCCUGACGUUUGCAGGCGAUGCGUGGUCUUGGGGGAGGCAGUUUUUCAGGGACUUGUUUGCCGAAGAUGCAACGACCGGGAUCGAGAUGGUUUAUUCGUGCGAAGAGAUCUGGGGUGGCACGAGCCCGGUGGAACAUCCCCCAUACGAUGAGACGGGAUGGUAG